CAAAAUAAUAAAUAAAUAGGGUUGUUGUUUACAACGAAAAAAGAAGUAGUCGACGAUUUAAAGAUUUUCACCAUAAAAACAGGAUUAGUAUAAACAAUAUUUGAAAAUGAGUAAAUCUAAUAAAAUGUUUGCCGAUAAGGCGUUUGAACUGGUCAAAGAACUACAAAGAUCUUCACAAACAAUACCGCCUUUUGAUGAUGACGGUGUACGGCAAGUGUUGGAGGAGAUAAAGGCCAUAUUUGAAGAAAAUUGUGCUCAAGCUGCCAACUACUCUACAUCAGGUGAUCGUACCCUGUGGCCCCUAUUGAAUUUCCGUCAUGCCGCUCUGCAGCGUAACAAACGAUGUCUGCUCUCGUAUUUGCAUCAGCGUUUGCAACGCAUUAAGGCAUUGCGAUGGGAAUUUGGUUCCAUUAUACCAGCCGAUAUAAAAACAAAUCUUUGUGAACCUGAAGUUACAUUUUUCAACAAAUAUUCGAAAUCCUUGGCAUCGUAUAUGCGAUCCAUUGGUGAUGGUCAAGGUAUAGAUUUAACUGGCGAUUUGCGUCCCCCCAAAUCAUUAUACAUUGAAGUACGUUGCGUAGAAGAUUUUGGUAAAUUUGAAUUGGAAGAUGGCGAAGUAAUAUAUUUGAAAAAGAAUAGCCAACACUAUUUACCACGCUCUCAAGUGGAGACCUUGGUCAGACAAGGUAUAUUGCAGCAUAUUGUUUAAUUUGUCUAAUAGUUAAGGUAUGAAUAGGGGUUUUUAAUAAUAAUGUGCCGAAUUUAUUGUCAUGAAUGUA